AUGUCGGCCGAGAUUGAAGCGAAAACCGGCCAAUUCUGGCCAGGCAACGCCUAUCAGCCGCUGUGGGCACCGCAACUGGGCUCCAUACAGGCCUGGCCGGGCUCCAUCCUGUCCUACGUGGACCGCGCCGGCAGUCAGCUGACGCCCGGCCUCGGGGCGUUGGGCCGAGUGCCCGCGGGCCCAGCCUCCUUUGGCAACUUCUACUACCCGAACUAUCCAGGCCUUGGCUACGCGUAUCCGCCCGGGCCGCAACGGCUUUAG